ACCAACAUUUUCAUUCCUAUUUCACGUCUCUUUUCUUUCUGCCAACAUCAUUCCUUACCAAUUAGGUCGUUGGAUCAUACCCAAAAACAAUCAUUAUAACAUGGAAAUAUAAAGAAGGUGUUGUCUUUCUGAAAACACCUUCCUCCCCUCUCCCUCUAUUAUUGAGUUAUUCAUUGCAUAGAGGGGGAGAUCAUAGUUUCUGAUUUGAAUUAUAAGAACAUUUGAAACUUGAAAAAUUGUGUUGUUGACAACAUAUACAAUGGGUGGUUGUAUGUCAGUACCUUCUAAAGCUAUGAAAGCACCUAGGAGGCUGCAUAGACGAAUCAUAAAACGUCGUCGAAAGAUCACAACUUCAAUUCCAAAUAAUGAUGGUAAGAAGAGGAUUAGUAAUGCAGGAGCUCGUGUGACAGAUUAUUCGGUUAGUGAAGUUGUUCAUAUGGAUUUUGAAAAUGGUGCAACCACUACUUGUAGACGCUCUCAAGUUUCCAAUUCAGCAUUCCAUCUUACUCAACUUGAAUGGCACCAUAGUCAAUAUGAUGUUGAUUCAAAUUUGAUGAGCCAAGAAGAAACUUUCUUUGACUCGGUCAGUAUUUUGGAAUCUGAUUCAGAUGAUGAUUUCAAUAGUGUACAUGGAGAUGGUUUUCCAUUGGGAGGCAACACAGUUGGAAAUAUCCAAUGCAGCCAAGUGCUCCAAUAUGAAAGAUCAACAUGUUUUGUGGAUAAUAAGUGUCAAUAUCAAGAAUAUCAUGAAAGUUAUGUUAAAGUUGAAGGAGGUAACUCAGAUAAGUUAAAGGGAGGUGAUGAAAGUAGCUUUGGCCGUAUUAGUACACAUGGUUGUGGAAUUUCUCGCUUAAGCAAGACUCAUGGAAGCUUUAAAAGUGUUAAAGAAACUAAAAAUGGUGUGGAAGAGAGGGCUCAGGAAAGCACUCGAAAAUCAAACCUUCGUCGGUUGGCUCCUUCUGUCAGUUUCAAUGACAAAAUAUUAAAUCGACCAAGUAAAAAGUUGUCAACAGUUUUCAGGCUUUCUUUUAAACGAAGGUCUUGUGAGGUGAAAGAAGCAAGUCAUGAAUUUAACCAAUCAAAAGGAUACUUGGUUCGUCCCUUAGCAGGACAUAUAAUUCCACGCCAGAUUGGAGAAAAGCCAUCUCCUGGAUGUUGGUCUGAAAUUUCACCCUCAAUAUUUCAACUUCGUGGUGAAAACUAUUUCAAAGACAAGCGCAAGUCACCUGCAUCAAAUUAUAGCCCAUAUGUUCCAAUUGGUGUUGAUCUAUUUGUUUGUCCCAAAAAAAUACAUCAUAUUGCUCGACAUAUUGAACUUCCAAAUGUGAAAUCCAAUGGGAAUAUCCCUCAACUUCUUAUUGUAAAUAUCCAGUUGCCUACAUAUCCAGCUGCAAUGUUUCUUGGUGAUAGUGAUGGAGAAGGGAUGAGUCUUGUGUUGUAUUUUAAAGCUUCUGAGACUCUUGAUGAACACAUCACUUCCCAAUUUCAAGAAAGCAUAAAGAAACUCGUUGAUGACGAGAUGGAAAAAGUAAAAGGAUUUGCCAAAGAAUCUAGCAUUGCUUUCCGAGAGAGACUAAAGAUCAUGGUAGGACUUGUCAAUCCUGAGGAUAUGAAAUUGAGUUCAACUGAAAGGAAGCUAGUACAUGCUUAUAAUGCAAAACCUGUGCUCUCACGCCCUCAACACAACUUUUACAAGGGUCCAAACUACUUUGAGAUUGAUUUGGACAUUCAUCGGUUUAGCUACAUCUCAAGAAAAGGACUUGAUGCAUUUAGAGACCGUUUGAAAGAUGGUAUUCUUGAUCUUGGCCUAACCAUUCAGGCGCAAAAGCAAGAAGAGCUUCCAGAAAAAGUACUAUGUUGCAUUAGAUUGAACAAGAUUGAUCUCGUUGACAAUGGCCAAAUACCCAAGCUAAUGAACCUUGAUGGUGAAUGUUAAUGGUUUUAAAUGGAUUGCAUAGAAUAACCUUCAACAAUACAUAUAAAUAUUACAUGUACUAUUUACUUCCUUUGCUUAUUUGGUUGAGGGAAAACAGAGUUUAUGGUGCUUAAGUUGUAUACAACUCCUCCAGAUACAUAUAUAUUUUUUUUCUAUUGUACAUUCAAAAGAAGAUAAAUUAAGAUGACGAUGAACAUGUAUUGUCAAUAACAUGAACAACAAAAAAUGAUUCUUUAUUAACUUUUGUAAC